GGAGCGGAGCGGGGCCGCGCCGGUGACAGUUGCGGGCCCGCGCAGGACGAGGAAGAGGAGGAGGAGGAGGAGGAAGAAGAAGCAGCAGCAGCAGCAGCAGCAGCAGCGACGAUGUUGGAGACUCUGCGCGAGCGGCUGCUGAGCGUGCAGCAGGACCUGACCUCCGGAUUGAAGACCUUAAGUGACAAGUCAAAAGAAGCAAAAGGAAAAAGUAAGCCGAGGACUGUUCAGUAUUUGCCAGAUUUCUCUGCUGGAUUAGAAUUACUCAGCAGGUAUGAAGAUACUUGGGCAGCUCUUCAUAAAGGAGCCAAGGAGUGUGCAAGUGCUGGAGAGCUGGUGGAUAGUGAGGUGGUGAUGCUUUCAGCACACUGGGAGAAAAAGCAGAACAGUCUAAUGGAACUUCAGGAACAGCUCCAACAAAUUCCAGGAUUUCUAGAUGAUCUGGAAUCCUUGACAGCAACUCUGACCCAAUUAGAAGAAUAUUUUGAGGUGCUAGAAAGCCACCUGUUACACCUCGAGGAUUUAUGUGAGCGGUGUGAAUUAGAGAGAUACAAGCACAUUCAGUCCCAACAACUGGAAAAUUACAAGAAAAAUAAAAGGAAGGAACUAGAGAGCUUCAAAGCUGAACUGGAUGUCCAGCACACCCAGAAGGCCGUGGACAUGGAGCACGCCCAGCAGAUGAAGCUCAAAGAGCGCCAGAAAUUUUUUGAAGAAGCCUUCCAGCAAGACAUGGAACAUUACCUCUCCACGGGCUACCUGCAGAUAGCAGAGAGACGAGAGCCCAUCGGCAGCAUGUCGUCCAUGGAGGUGAACGUGGACAUGCUGGAGCAGAUGGACCUGAUGGACAUGUCGGACCAAGAGGCGCUGGACGUCUUCUUGAACUCGGGAGGCGAAGACAACCCCGUAUCCUCCCCUGGGUUAGGGCCCGAAUCCAAAAUCUACCAGCAUGAGCUAAACCUUCAGGUCCCAAACCGGGCAGAACUAAGAACCAAACCGUCCUGGUCAUCCUCCCCCCGCACCGACUCCGCCGGCCAGGACGUUAGCGAAGGAGGAGAGUCCCCGGUCGUCCAGUCCGACGAGGAGGAGGUUCAGGUGGACACUGCCCUGGCCACUCUCACCACCGACCCAACGGCCAGCCCAGACGGCAGCGAGGAAAGUGACUCUCAGACCGCCUGAAUCCCGGCCGGGGUCCCAGACCGCCCCAGCCGCUCAGCCGGGGUCCGGCUGGACCAGCGGACUUUCGAGAAAAUUGCCAACAGCUGAACCCGUCCUCCAGGCACCACCGAUUUUCUCCAACGAUAAGAUCCAAGGGGUUUGAGCACGUCCAGUUAUACUGAAGAAACUUCUCACAGAGGGGGUGAAUCCAAGAUUUUGUUUCCACAGUGUUCCCUGCAGGGUUUUGUUUUUUUCUUAAAAGAAGAUAAUCUCCAGGGUGACGCAGAGAGACGAAGCCAAGGGAGGGGCAGCGGCCCGGUGGGCUCAACGCAAGGUCCGCUCAACCCACGGGUCGGCCACCGCCUCAGGGAUGGAGGGAGUUCAGCUUUCGAAUGCAACGUUGCUCCCGUACCUCAGGCCCCUCGGCCCUCAAGCUCAAAAUCCGGCCGUCUCUCGCUCAGCCCCGAUCGGUCUUCCUUCCGUUACCACCUACGCCGCCCCCAGUGCGGCGGCCCGCCAGAAACCCAAGACCGAUCCCGAGCCCCGGUCGCAGGCUAAGCCCCACGGAACCCGACGGGAAACCGGCAUCACCGGAAGCGACUAAUCCCCGCUCCUCGCCCGCGCUGCCUGAGGUCUGUGCAGGUGAAGACGACAGCUAAGGUGAUUCUCUCCUUCCCCCACAGCCAACCGCGGACUCAGCAUCGGGGGCCGGGGGGGCGUGUGGGGGGGUGUGGGGCGGCCCCGACUCACCUCUGGCAUAAAGUGGCAUCCGAGAGUUGCGGCCCGGGUUCGCCUCAGCCUGCGUUCUUCUCGCUAAAGGUGGGUUGGGGUUAGAAAGGGGGCAAGGGGAAAGCGAGGCGGGGCGGGCACAGCCACUCAAUCCCGCGGGCACGAGGGUCCCCCCCCGACCCUUCCCAUCUUACUUUGGGUCGGGUUUCGGAAACCGCUCCCGUCCAAGCACUCAUCUUCCAUGAGACAGACAAAUGUCCAAAAAACUUUUGUUUUUUAUUAUUAAACCUUGUAGUACAAACCUGAAAAGUAAACAAAAACUGGCAAUAAACAACAUGAAGUCUUUCCUUACAAGGAAAGAGAGCAGAGCAGCGCUAAUAAAUUAAAUGUCAAACUGUAAGCCAUAGUCAGAAGUUUACUGUCCAAAAGAGGGGAAAAAGUACACAGCAAGGCCAUAAAAACUGGACAACCACAUUGGAAAACACUCGACUCUGUUUAUGUUCUUGUUAAAUAUUCCAAAACAGUUCAGUCUUCUGCAACAACAACCAACAAAUUGUAUUCUAGGACUUUCCUGACAGUCUUCUCCUGGCAAGCUCAGUGCAAUAUGGGUAGCUACGGUAUUGUGGGAUUCAAUUAUGAAACAAAGAACAGUUUGUGAAAA